ACGUUAGAAUGCGCACCCGCUUAUGAUUCUACAAAUUCUCAAAGCGCCCACUGAUUUAGGUACCAAUAACGUUGACCAACGUCGCAUUGCAUUCUGGGCGGAAUAAUCAGAUAAACAAAAUGGCCGCUCCGUAUCAAUCCCGGGAAGAUUUUGAGGAACAAGUUCGGAGUAUACAGGCCAGAAAGCAAGCUUUAAAUAAAGAAAAUGUUGAAGAACAAUCACCAGAGAAACAGAGGGUUGGUUUAGGAGCUGGAGGACAUUUUGACACAGAUAUUUAUGGGUCAAAUAGUAAUAAAUUUGCAGGCUAUCACACCUAUAUCCCAGCUGAAGAUGCUGAGGAUGAUGAUGAUGUGAAUCCAGUAGAAACAUCAGGGCCAGUUCGGUCAGCUGCACCUUUUGAGUAUGACCCGAUGGCUGAGCAUCGCCGUGCCAAGAUAUCGGACCGUGAGGAUGACUACAUGGCACGACGUCGUCAGAUGAUCAUCUCACCAGAAAGAUUCGAUCCAUUCGCUGACGGUGGGAAAACCCCAGACCCAAAUGUUAGAACGUACCAACAAAUUAUGCAGGAGAAAGCAUUGGCUGCUCAGGAGAAAGGUUAUCGGGAGCAGAUGAAAGAGAAGGCAAAAACUGGGGAGCUUAAAGCUGUUAAUAAUGCUAGUGCACAGAAAGUACAAGAGAAGAAGAAAAGACGAUGGGACCAGCCUAUGAGCGAGGAACCAGCCAAGAAAAAAGCAUCAUCAUGGGACCAGGCUGAAGUUGGAACACCAUCACAGGCUAAAUGGGAUGAGACACCAAGUAAAACUAAAGGGUCAACCACACCUGGAGCCACACCAGGUGUAAGUACCAGAAUGUGGGAUGCCACACCAGGGCAUGCUACACCUGGAGCGGUCACACCAGGGCGUGAAACACCAGGUCAUCAAAACACACCCAGUGCAAGAAGAAAUAGAUGGGAUGAGACUCCAAGAGCUGAAGCUACACCUGGACACACAACACCUGGUGGACAUCAAGCAGGAUGGGCGGAGACACCUAAAACUGACAGAGGCGGAGAUUUAAUUGAAGACACACCCACUCCAGCAGCCAGUAAGAGGAGAUCACGUUGGGAUGAAACACCCGGUGCCCAGACGCCAACCAUGACUCCUGGUAAUAUGACACCAAGUAUGACACCUGGCGGACACACUCCUGGCGGUAUGACACCUAGUGGCAUGAGUGGCAUGACAACCCCUGGUGGUGGAACACCAAGUGGGUUUACACCUGGUGGACUCACACCCGGAGGUUUUACACCCAGCGGCGUCACUCCAACUGGUUCCAAAGCUAUGGCUAUGGCCACACCAACACCAGGACAUUUGAUGUCUAUGACACCUGAGCAGUUACAAGCUUACACAUGGCAGAGAGAGAUUGAUGAGAGGAACAGACCACUAGGUGAUGAUGAACUGGAUACUAUGUUCCCACCUGGGUACAAGGUUCUGCAACCACCCACUGGUUACAUCCCUAUCAGAACUCCGGCCAGGAAGUUGAUUGCCACGCCCACACCUAUGGCAGCCACACCCCAAGGAUUUAGAAUGCAGACCCCAGAUCACAAGACAUCAGUUGUAGACAUGCAGCCAAAAGGAAAUCUGCCAAUGAUGAAGCCGGACGACAUGCAGUAUUUUGACAAGCUUCUACAAGAUGUUGAUGAGGACACUCUGUCGCUAGAAGAACAGAAAGAACGAAAAAUCAUGAAACUUCUCCUCAAGAUUAAAAAUGGAACUCCACCAAUGAGAAAGGCUGCCCUUAGACAGGUAACUGACAAAGCUCGCGAGUUCGGUGCAGGGCCGUUGUUCAACCAGAUCCUGCCACUUCUCAUGUCGCCCACACUUGAGGAUCAGGAGCGUCAUUUGUUGGUGAAAGUCAUUGAUCGUAUAUUAUACAAACUUGACGAUCUGGUACGACCAUAUGUACACAAAAUCCUGGUUGUCAUAGAGCCGCUCUUGAUUGAUGAGGAUUAUUAUGCUCGUGUUGAAGGGAGAGAAAUUAUAUCCAAUCUGGCUAAGGCUGCUGGUUUAGCCACCAUGAUCUCCACAAUGAGACCUGAUAUAGACAACAUGGACGAGUAUGUCCGUAACACAACAGCCCGAGCCUUCGCUGUGGUGGCCUCAGCUCUCGGCAUACCAUCUCUACUACCUUUCUUGAAAGCUGUGUGUAAGAGUAAGAAAUCGUGGCAGGCUAGACAUACCGGUAUCAAGAUUGUACAACAGAUCGCUAUCCUGAUGGGAUGUGCCAUAUUACCACAUCUUAAAUCACUUGUAGAAAUUAUUGAGCAUGGUCUUGUGGAUGAACAACAAAAAGUAAGGACAAUUACAGCUUUAGCUUUGGCUGCCCUGGCUGAGGCAGCUACUCCAUAUGGUAUUGAGUCCUUUGACAGUGUCCUCAAGCCCUUGUGGAAGGGUAUUAGACAGCAUAGAGGAAAGGGUUUAGCUGCUUUCUUGAAAGCUAUCGGUUACUUGAUCCCGUUAAUGGAUGCCGAGUACGCUAACUACUACACGAGAGAAGUCAUGUUGAUUCUGAUCCGAGAGUUUCAAUCACCCGACGAGGAAAUGAAGAAGAUCGUGUUGAAAGUCGUAAAACAGUGCUGCGCAACAGAUGGUGUUGAACCUCAGUACAUCAAAGAAGAAAUCUUGCCCCCAUUUUUCAAGCAUUUCUGGAACCAGAGGAUGGCGCUCGACCGGAGAAAUUACCGACAGCUUGUGGACACAACAGUGGAGAUAGCAAACAAAGUUGGUGCGGCCGAAAUCAUAGGACGUGUGGUUGACGACCUUAAAGAUGAAGCGGAACAGUACCGUAAGAUGGUAAUGGAGACAAUUGAGAAAGUCAUGGCUAACCUUGGUGCCGCAGACAUUGACUCUCGUCUUGAGGAACAGUUGAUUGACGGUAUCUUGUAUGCCUUCCAGGAACAGACCACUGAGGAUGUAGUUAUGUUGAAUGGUUUUGGCACAGUGGUAAAUGCGUUGGGUAAGCGUGUGAAACCUUACCUGCCCCAGAUCUGUGGUACAAUCCUGUGGCGUCUCAACAACAAGUCGGCUAAAGUCAGACAACAGGCGGCAGAUCUUAUAUCUAGAAUCGCAAUUGUCAUGAAGACAUGUCAAGAGGAAAAGUUAAUGGGUCAUUUAGGUGUGGUCCUGUACGAGUACCUCGGAGAAGAGUACCCUGAAGUACUGGGUAGUAUCCUAGGAGCCUUGAAGGCAAUCGUUAAUGUUAUUGGUAUGACCAAGAUGACACCCCCCAUUAAAGAUCUUUUACCCAGACUAACACCUAUCCUUAAAAACAGACAUGAAAAAGUACAGGAGAACUGUAUUGAUCUUGUUGGUCGUAUAGCAGAUCGUGGAGCCGAGUAUGUGUCCGCUAGAGAAUGGAUGAGAAUCUGUUUUGAACUGUUGGAACUUCUUAAAGCCCACAAGAAAGCCAUCAGAAGAGCUACUGUCAACACAUUUGGUUAUAUUGCAAAAGCUAUUGGUCCACAUGACGUGUUAGCCACAUUACUUAACAAUCUUAAGGUACAGGAACGACAGAAUCGUGUGUGUACAACAGUUGCCAUAGCAAUUGUAGCAGAAACAUGUUCACCGUUCACAGUGCUACCUGCUUUAAUGAAUGAAUAUCGUGUACCUGAACUGAACGUACAAAAUGGUGUGCUUAAAUCUCUAUCUUUUAUGUUUGAAUAUAUUGGUGAAAUGGGAAAAGACUAUAUUUAUGCUGUAACACCUUUAUUGGAGGACGCCUUAAUGGACAGAGAUCUGGUACACAGACAAACUUCAAUGUCAGCAAUACAGCACAUGGCACUGGGUGUGUUUGGUUUUGGGUGCGAGGAUGCACUGGUCCAUUUACUGAACUACGUCUGGCCAAAUGUAUUCGAAACCUCCCCCCAUGUGGUUCAGGCUUUCAUGGGUGCAAUAGAGGGAAUGAGAGUUGGUAUCGGACCUUCAAAAGUAUUGCAGUAUGCGUUACAGGGCCUGUUUCAUCCAGCACGAAAGGUUCGAGAUGUUUAUUGGAAAGUUUAUAAUACUGUAUAUAUUGGAGCUCAGGAUGGAAUGAUACCAGCAUAUCCCAGAGUUCCUAAUGAUGCUAAAAAUAACUUUCUCAGAUACGAACUGGACUAUGUAUUGUGAUCAUUCAAUUUUGACAAAGUCAUUGUGAAACUCAUUGAUCAUAUUGUAAAAAUGUGGGCGUGUUUUGUUCUUAUUAUUUUCAUAAAAUGGAGGUGGAGCAAAUAUGGAGGCGUGUUUUUUUUGUGUGAAAUGAAUGCUAAUGUGCAUCUUUGAUUUUAAGCCUAGAAAAUGUACUGAAAAAAGUGAAGCGCAAAAAUUUAGUUCUAAUUGCAGAAGCACAUAUAUAUAUAACGAGAAUAAGGUUAAGAAUAUUCAUUGCUCAUGGUGACAAAAUCUAUAAAACAAAUUGAGAUGAAUGUUUAUUGAUACUUACAGAUACUUUAAUUUAAUGACCAAAAAAAAUCAAAAUUCUCAUUUACCAUGAUACUUUUAAACAUGACUGAUUUUUAUUUUCGGAAAGUAUACUUCAAGACGAAAAUAUUUAACAUUUACUAUAUGUAGAAUAAUAUUGUGUUACAUCACUCAUUGGCCUUUUUCAGUGUUUUUGUUACUAAAUUCCAAAAUUACAAAAAGUCAAACAAAGGGAAGCAAGAACAAUACUUGAUUUUUGAAGAAGAAACUCAUUUCUGCCAUCAUUCUCUAUAGAUAAACUGUUGGUCAAUAAACAUCAGUCUUACGCAAUUAGUUGUUGAAUUUAGCAGGAAACUCAAAUGUACAUUUAAUAAUUAAAAUUGUACUGAUUUACUUUGAAGAUCUUGAUGUUAGUUGACUUUUUUACCAACUAUCUUAGAUCCAUACAAAUUACAACAAUAUUAGCCAUAAGACAAAGCUUUGGGGACUAAGUCUAAGGCUUAUUAUACAUGUAUCUUUGGCAUAAUUAGUUCUUAACAUUUAUAAAGUUACAAAAAGGAAUAUAGUUAAUCCUCAUUGUGCCAAUGAUUCCAUUCCUCAACCUUGUAGGACAAUCUGUUAUUAUUUCUAACUUAUAUUCCAUUUCACUGAAUUAUGAAUUUAGUUUUGUCCAAUGUCAUUUACAGAUAAAUGAUGUAAUAUUGGGCCAGGUAAAAGUUAAUCUUUGAAUUAUGGAAUAUGCUCUUUAAAAUUCUCAAUCAUGAAUAAACAUUACAGAAGCAUCA